AACUACACUCCCCACAACUCCUUGCGCCUCCCGCUCGCUGCGGUUGCUUAGAGCCAAUCGGGAGAGGCAGCUGUGGCGGGGGCCGAGGAGGGACAUUUUAAAAGGGCCGGAGAUUGCGGGCGUCAGUGGCCAUGGCGGAUACAGCGACUACAGCAUCGGCGGCGGCGGCGGCUAGUGCCGCUAGCGCCUCGACCGAUGCACCUCCUUUCCAGUUGGGCAAACCCCGCUUUCAGCAGACGUCCUUCUAUGGCCGCUUCAGGCACUUCUUGGAUAUCAUUGACCCUCGCACACUCUUUGUCACCGAGAGACGUCUCAGAGAGGCUGUGCAGCUGCUGGAGGACUACAAGCAUGGGACCCUGCGCCCAGGGGUCACCAAUGAGCAGCUCUGGAGUGCACAGAAAAUCAAACAGGCUAUUCUACACCCGGACACCAAUGAGAAGAUCUUCAUGCCCUUUAGAAUGUCAGGUUACAUUCCUUUCGGGACGCCAAUUGUAGUCGGUCUUCUCUUGCCCAACCAGACACUGGCGUCCACCAUCUUCUGGCAGUGGCUGAACCAGAGCCACAAUGCCUGUGUCAACUAUGCAAACCGCAAUGCUACCAAGCCUUCACCGGCAUCCAAGUUCAUCCAGGGCUACCUGGGCGCUGUCAUCAGUGCUGUCUCCAUUGCUGUGGGCCUUAACGUCCUGGUUCAGAAAGCCAACAAGUUCACUCCAGCCACCCGCCUUCUCGUCCAGAGAUUCGUGCCAUUCCCUGCCGUAGCCAGCGCCAAUAUCUGCAACGUGGUCCUGAUGCGGUACGGGGAGCUGGAGGAAGGGAUUGAUGUCCUGGAUGGUGAUGGCAACCUCGUGGGCUCCUCCAAGAUCGCAGCCAGACACGCCCUGCUGGAGACGGCGCUGACCCGGGUCGUCCUGCCCAUGCCCAUCCUGGUGCUACCCCCGAUCGUCAUGUCCAUGCUGGAGAAGACGGCUCUCCUGCAGGCGCGUCCCCGGCUACUCCUCCCUGUGCAAAGCCUCGUGUGCCUGGCAGCCUUUGGCCUGGCCCUGCCACUGGCGAUCAGCCUUUUCCCACAGAUGUCAGAGAUUGAAACCUCCCAGCUGGAGCCUGAGAUUGCCCGGGCGACGAGCAGCCGGACAGUGGUGUACAACAAGGGGCUGUGAGUGGUGGCCGGCUGGCCUGGAGACAGAUCACUGUUCAGGCCAGGGAGUUAGGGGCAGGGAAGGAGACUCGUGGGCUGCAUCUGCAGGGAGGGGCGAGCUGACCCCAGCAGUCCUGAGCCACCUGGGGAGCAUUGAGCCUGAGCCUGCAGUGGUAGGGAGACUAAUCCAUUUACAUAUUAACGUGGGGACAAGGAAUUCUAACACAUUUCCUACAGAAAAUAAUCAAGUGCAUUUCGGGCCUUACAUGGGGUUGUCAAAACUCCACUCAGCACAAUUAUGUGUGAAGCUGAAAAGUUGUAGAGUGCCCAUGGGGUAGAAUUAGGAUCCUUUUAUACUUUGGUUUCUUUUUUAUUUUUAUUUUUUAUCUGAAUCAAGUCUGAGCCUUGGUCACAGCUGACCAGAAGUGGUAGUAAGCAGGUGGUGGGGGCCAGAGUAGGCCUGCGCGCUGGGUUGGUUUGGUGGCCAGGCUGGUGGAUUUGGGAUAUUAUAGUGGCCAGGCCAGAUGGCUCCUAGGGCUGGAGUGGACAGGGAAGGGGAGGUGGUUUACACACCACAGGAUGAACUCGCCAUGACUAAGGUCCUCAGGAAGUGGCCCAGGGAAUCCAGGAGCUCUGGAGGCCUCUGGAAGAUUCUAUGGGCAGCUGGCUCUGAGUGUGGCCAGCCAUCAUCCAUGCCAUAGCUGCAAACCAGUCUGUCUGAGUGAAGCACAGUGACACUGGGGCUGGGGUCACCCUUUGCAGAGUUCUGACUGAUUCAAAGUCCCUGAGAUGACCCCAGCUCCAGGCAGGAGUCCCAAGAAGGAAUGAUGCUUGGCAGGAACCAUGGGCCUGCACUUGGCCUCUGAGAGACGCACCUCCUUCCAGGAUCCAGGCUGGAGGCUGAGCAAUGGGGCUGAGGAUGGGGCUGGAGCUGGGCCAACUGCUGUCUGGGGAGCCUCUCCAGCCACCAGGGCUGCCUGCCCCAUCCCCUUCUUCCUGAAUAGGGGGCAUCUCAUGCCAGAGAGUGCCAAUGCCAGGUCGAAGAGGCAGCAUCAACCCAGGAACGGCGGGCCCUGGCUCUGGCACUCAUGGGCUGUGUGACCUUGGACAAGUUCAUUCCCUUCUCUGAGCCUCCAGAACCAGAGAAUUGGAUCAACAGUUCCCACUGACUCUUCCAGCUAGACCUCGCCUUUGCCUGCCCUGCUCAGAUGCUGGUCAUCCCACACACAUCCCCAGCGCAGACGCUGGACUAGGAAAGGGGCAGAUCCCCUUGGGAAUGGCCAGUGCUUGGCCUGCGAACCUGGACCUUGCCCUUCUGUGAGCCCAUAUCCUAGGAGCACUUGACCUUUGCCUUUACAGACCUUUACAGUUCUGGAGAAGGUGGUGUG